UUCGUUCUGCAUGGCAAACGCCGAGAGGAACAAGAGAUAUCCACCUGGAGCGAUUUCAUUACCGGGGCUAGCAGGCACAAGUGUUUUGCAAUUAGGGAAAGGCACAGCAUCAAGAUUAGAGCCAUCUACCAGCGACAUCUCUUAUGCUCCGUCAGAAAGCAACGCAUCGUCUUCUGUUGUUGCUGAUGACGGCUUUUCUCCGAGGCUCAGACAUUUUACAUUGGAUAGACCGCGAUUUCAGAACCGUCCACCGACGAUUAGGGCACGUUUGAAUUCCAUGCCCGCCAAUGCAGCUCCGCCCCACACUCACACUUCACCCCUGCCAGUGUCUCCUCCAGCGACUGGCGACUUCGAUGUGCCACCUGAGCUACCUGUUGGACCGCCACCUGAGCUACCUGUUGGACCACCACCGGACCUACCGACGUCUCUACCGCCUGAGUUGCCUGACUCGCCUAUACCUGAUCUUCCAUUGCCUUCAUCUUCUAGUCAUGCGCUAACUCUUCCGGAUGUGUCUCUACCAGAGAUGUCUUCGGUUUCUCCUGAAAAGCCGUCCAUACCUGAGGCAGUUGAGGCAGUGCAGUCUGUGGAUUCUGUAUCAGGUGGUAGUCCGCCUUCGUUUGAAUCGAAAUUGCGUGACAAGUCUAGAGGUAGCAAGGCAACUGGUGGAAGAAGAAAUCUGUCAUCAUUGUCUGGUUUGUCACGUUUUGGAGGAAAGAGUCCUGCUGCUAAACGACCUAAUAUUUCAGUUGGAAAAAAAACAAUUUUGAGUUCUAGCUUGAAACCACAGUCUGUAUUAGCAUUGAAAACUCAUUCUCAACUACCUGAGAAACCAUUGACCAAAACAGUCAAUGUUGAAGUGGAUUCAACAGUAGAUGUUAAAGUAGAAGUAGAUGUGCAAUCUCCAUCUUUGGUAUCAGUGACAACUUUACCUCCUGAACAGCAGCUAACUACUCAGUCAAAAUUGGAAACAUCUGUGGAGCAAACUGUUGGAGCUAACACACCUGAUGCCAAAUCAGUAGAAGUUAGCAAGUUUCAGACAAACUCCUCGGAGGCUAUGAAUUCCUCAUUUUUGUCCAAGUCAUCAGUAGCCAAAUGUAGUAGUCCUGACAUUGUGCCAAUUGCCCAUUCUACAGUACAAAAUGCAUCUUGGGAAAGAGAGCAAAUAGGAAUGAAUACCACAUCUUUGACAGCCAAGUUUAAAAGCAGGUUUACCAAACCAGAACAAGUCAACGAGACAGGGAGCACUGCGUCUCCAUCUGUAGUUAGAAGCGUAACUUCAAAUGUGUCUAAGCCAGUAUACACUUCUAAAUUUGGUAUGGCAUCAAGAUUUGGUGAUAAUGCAAGGGUCACAGGUGCACUAGGUGAAAAUACUGAAGCUACUUCACACGUACCAAAUGACACCAUUGCUCCAAUUAAUGGACAAGAAGUAGUCAGUGAAACAAAGUCAUCACCCAUUUUGUCAUCUCAAACACACGACAGGAAGAAAACAAUCUCAAGUAUAAGGUCAGCUACAGAAAUGAGGAACAAAAACACACUACCAAAAAAGCGAUUCAGUUUGGCCUCACUAUCUGCUAUUUCAUCUUCUCCAGCAACACAGGCAUCUGUUCAUACUCUCAAGUCUGGUUUUGUGGAUCGUCGAUUUCGUCUAACAAAAAGUGCUGAUGUAGAAGGCAUCGGUGGGCAGUCUAGUGUAGUUCAUUCUUCUUCGGGAAGGCAUUCAGCACCUCCUAGUAUUACUGAAAAUUUAGUGGAAGCUUCACCGGUAUUGCCAGUACUUUCCUCUGAGAUGCUAUUAGAAGAAUCAGAUUUACCACCCGAGCUUCCUUCUGAACCACCACCUGAGUUACCAUCUGAACCUCCCCCACAUAUACCCUCUGAAGCGACUUCUGGUUUGUCAGAGAAAGCAAAUAAUGGCUAUGUUGCAGAGGCAAGUGGACUUAAGGCAGUGAUAGUAAAAAAGCAAUCUUGGACUCAAAAUGUUGAAGCUGUAAAGAGCAAUUCCUCAAUUCAGUCACAAAAAAGUGAUGAGCAAACAAUAGAAAUUGGACAUAGAAUGGUGAAGGAGGUAGAAAACAAGGAAACAGCUGUUGUGACUAUCGCAACAAGUGAAGUUUCUGGUGUCAAUGGCUUGCCAUCAGAUGAAAACCCUGGAAUGUUUGAUUACAGUUUCCUAAUGACUUCAAAAGGGAACAAAACUCCAUCUUCUCGUUUAUCAAUGUCUUCUGGUGAUUCUGAUCUCCUCACUGCUGUAUUUACAGCUUUAAAGUCAACUGGCCAUGAUUCCAAAGAAGCUCAUCAUGACAAGGAGGAUCUACCUAGUUCAUCAGUAUAUGUUUCUGAACCAUACUUACAUGAUGCUGAGGAUAGUCCAGCUGUUAAGCCUAAACACUUUGCCUCCGUUAUGGGCUUUUUUGAAGACAACACUUCAGAAACAUCAGAAUUUGUACAAGGUGAUCAUGCUGCAGGAGAUAAUUACAAAUCUCUUGAUGAUACUUUUGCAAAGAUCCAGGCUGCUUCUGUCAAACGAAAAACUUUGGAGACAAAUUUGACUGACCACCUUGCUGAAGAUUUGACUUCUUUACAGCAAAUGCAGCAGGAACAAGAUUCCAGAAUUGAAGAAAAUCUUGCAGCGAUGGAGGGAGAACAACAUUUAGCUGACGAAUUACUUCAGAGUAACACUACAGACACAGAAUCAGUACUGGACAGUGACUCAAAUACAGAUGAUGAGUUGCCUUUGCCAGAAGAAGACGAUUUGCGGAAAAGCAUUAUUGUACGUCCUCCCACAAUUUAUCGUGGCGAGAUCUCACCACAGGGUGUUCGUUGUCAGGAAACACAAGUAGAUGAGAAAAGCUUAUUGUUUAUAUCAACUGAUGAAAGUGGUAGAGAUGACUGUACCAAUGUACUUGAUGUUGAAUCAUUGAAGGGCUCUAGAGAUAAGUUAUCAUAUCAAAGCAUCGAGCAGUGGAGUACAAGUGAAGUAACUGAUUGGUUGAGAGAUGUUGGACUAGGACAAUACACACCACACUUUUUGACCCAUCAAGUUAAUGGAAAAAAGCUUCUUGAGAUUGACUUUCGGCUUCUUGAUGAAAUGGACAUCGUGUCUUCACAUGAGAGGGAGACAAUCCUGGCAGAAAUCUACAAGUUAAGUGUUGGUAGUGAGGGUGACUUGGAUUCAUUCUUGGAAGAUUCACUGAAUGCCGCUAGUGAAGAAGAUAAGGUCAAGGCAUUGGCUGCUAUUGAAGCGUUGAGAUCACCGUCUGGGUGGGAAACUAACACGGAUGUAGGAAAUCUUGAACAGAAUAGAGAUCACUUGACGACUCAAGUAACAAGCAAAAUAGUUGAUGGUAAUACCAAUGAGUUGUCAUCUGAAGUUCAUACUGAUAUGGUAAAUCAGAAAGCAAGUGUCAACACAAGCCAAGAAAUCUCACCAAGAAAAUCAGCUGCAGUGAACAGUUCUGCACAAAUGACAUAUUUGAAACCUUUGCCAGAGUCUAUUUCUUCAGUUAGUGCUGAAUCGAGUUCUUAUCGAGCUCGUAAAUUAUCAGACAAAUUUGGUGUGAAAGAAUCUUCACCUGCUAUCAGGCAUGCUGUUGGUCGUGAAAAGGAGGGUGUUAUUCGUGUGUGGCUUACAUCAUUGCAGACAGGACAUGAAUACAAAGCAUUACGCAUUGCAGCAAAGACAUCUGCACUCUUUGUUGUGAAUCAGUUGCUGGAAAAGUUGGAGAUGGUAGAUGACCCUCUGAGGUUUUAUCUAGCAGAAGUAUCAACUAGAAAAGGAGUUCCAGAUCGAGAAGUUGCUGGAUUUGAAUGUCCACUGCAAUUGCAGUCACACUGGGCAUCUCUCAAUGAGACUAAGUUUGAACUGAAAAUUAAGCAGAGUGGUGUAAUUAAGGUGACAGCUUUUGUACCUGGACAUAAAUCUGAGGAGAAAGCAAUUGCAGUAUCACCUCUGACAUCUUGUCAAGAGGUGGUGAGACUGGCACUGAGAAAGUUUAAUAUUAAAGACAAUCCAAGCAAUUACUGUCUUUUAGAGUGUUUAUCUAGCACUGCUGCAGAAAGAGUCGUUGGUGAUGGAGAGUAUCCUUUGAUGGUGCAGUCAGCGUGGAAGGAUACAAACUCAUUUCAUCUACGAGUUGGUCCAUUACAGAAACGAUCAUCAAGUGGAAGCGACUCAGUCUUUCGAUCAACUGACAGGGUAUUCCCAUCUGAUAGACCUCUUUCACCACCAUCAGGAUACUCACUUGCCAGAUCAUCAGAUGGCAUUGAGGCUGUACGUGCCAAGAAUGCUUCUUUGUGGGCUGAACUUGAAUCUAUGCAACCUAAAGUUGCAAGGCUAGAUGAUCUGGAGCAGACUGUGGCUACGCUUCGGAAUGCAUAUGAGUGUUUACAAGAGUCUGUAGCUCAACGAGAAAGGAAUGAGGAAGUGGAGAAGGCUGCAAUGCAAGAAGAAUUGGAGCAACUGAGAGCAACAUGUGCUAAGCAGGCAAACCACAUGGGUGAUGUUGGUUUUGAAACUUUCUCUCUAAGCCAAGAUAAGGAGUCUACAUACUGUGCUCAAAUUGCAACUUUAGAAGAUGAUGUGCAAAUAAAGGCAGAGAGAAUCCAACAGCUAGAAAAUGAAAAUAGGAGGACGCAAGAUAUUCAGGAGAAGAAACGUAGUGACGAGGAUUUACUGGCUCAAAGAGACAGACAUAUUAAACACUUGGAGGAGACAUCAGCAUCUCAAGAAGUUGUCAUUAGUACAUUACAAAGAGAGAACAGAGAGCUGAGAGCAUCAAAAGAAACUUCAACAAAACGCCAUUGUAGCGAUAGCAGUGAUAAAGAUACAGUAAAGGCUCUUAAGGCAUCACUGAGCAAAAAGGAUGGUAUUCUUUCUGCAUUGCAAGCUGAGAAUGAGCGACUGAAAUUGAAAGUGCAAGACCAGCGUAAAGAUAUUGAAGAACUUAAGGCAACCACCUCUCACUUGCAAAGUCGAGUCUCAUCGAGUCAUUGCUCUCUAUUUACGCUGGCAUCCACUCAGAUUAUGUCUCUGAUUCCGGCUGAGCUGACAGGCCUUCGCAAACAUGGUUCAGGUCUAAGUCUUGCAGAUGGCGGGUCUUCGUUGUCAGGACACCAGGGACCAGGAGUUUAUAUCCGCAGUAUUAAACAUGGAACUUCAGCAUACAAAGCAAAGAUCCUAGCAGCUGGAGACAGAAUUCUGGAAAUUGAUGGACAAGAUGUUAGCUGUUCUACAGCUGCAAAUAUAACUGCUGCUUUGGAGAAAGUUGGUGACUGUGUGAAGCUAGUUGUUGGUCGAGAUAGUCACCACACCACAGAUGGUGGCAUGAAGGAGGCUGAAAUACUUGGCUUGAAGCGACACAACAAUAGUCUGUCUGCACAACUUGAUGCAAGAAAUCUAGAAGUAAACCAGUUGAAGAGUGACUAUUCCAGGUUAAAAGCAAAGGCUACAAAACACAUUAACAAAAGCACUGCUGCUGAAAUUGAAGGUUUGCAGCAAACAAUUAAAACUAUCAGAGAACAGCUUGUAGAGUCUGAACAGUCAAGAGAAGACUUGCGUCAUUCACUAAAAGAGCUAGAACAGUCGUCUACAUCUGCCCAUCAGCAGCAGCGAAAACUUCAAGAAGGCCUGCAGCAAAACAUUUAUGAAUUGCAAAUGAGAUUGCAGCAAGCUGAAGAAGACAAGCAUCAGCUAGAGGAAUUUAUUGAAGAACAAGAGUCAAAUGUAGCAUCUCUACAGCAGGCCAUCAAUCAAAAAGAGGAGGCACUUAUGUUUGCUGAAACAGAGAGAGAACAUGCAGUGAAGCUAUUGAGCCAACAGACGUCCACAUGCACGAAGUCAACUGAAGAUCUUUCAGUUCCUGAUGACUACAACUUGGCAACAAAAGACCAGUUGCUCAAGAUGCUACAAGAAAAAGAAAUCGAACACAGCAGACAAAAGGCAUACAUGGAUCAGUUAUUAUCACUUGUCAUUGAGCAUGCACCAAUUGUUCUGGGGAAACUACAUGCUCAUGAAGAAGCCAGCCUUAAGUCAGAGGAAUGGUGUUGAUUGCUGCAAGUCAAAGUAUUACAUUAGGAUUUUAUAAUCAUCUUUUGAUAUAUCGUUAUAGUUUCGUAGCAUUUUGCAUCACAUGCUGCUUUGUAUGAACAUAUUUUGAUAUCAAGACGAUGACAGCUACUUAUAUAGUUUCUAAUUAACAUGAACACUUGCGAUUUUAUAGGAUGAUUAAGUUAUGUUUUGAAGUAGUUUUUCACUUCAGAACAUCCAUGCUGACUUUUUGAUAUGUAUAGAAUGUCUGGCACUAGUGAUGGGCAAUGGGCUAUCAACAUCACAGUGCUGUUGAUAUUAAUUACUUUGAUGUUGACGCUCAUCGAAAUUGUACAGUAUCACACGA